AUGAGCAAAUCGUGGCUGAGCGAUCAGAAACCUCGAGCCAUUCCUAGAAAACGAACAGCAGUGACCGAUGGAGAAGCGAAUUCCAGUGAAGAGGUUAGCGUUCCCAAGGCCUAUCUCAAUGAACUGAUCCGUAAGGCGAAGAGACGUCCAGCAUAUUGCGAAUGUAAAUGUACUUGCGGAUUCUACCCACCCGACACUCGUCUUACCGCCAUCGAAUCUACCAAGGAGCGCCAGUCC